UUGGCAGUUUUUCCCGUCCCAAAACACGGCGAUUUCAUCUCUGGCGUAAUCUUUCCUUGCUUGCGGAAAUUGUGCAUAGAUGUAGAGCGCAUCGAAUCAAAAUCAAAAGCUUACACCUUUUUCCCAUCAUCCCCUGCCCAAUCGCAGAGCGCCCACGGAACUAUGUCCCAGCACUACAAGAACUUCCUGAGCCUUUUGGAACGGUGGCCGGUCGACAAGAGUAAGGUGGGCCGCGACUUGGGACAGUAUCUGCGCGAUCAGCUGACGGCCGUGCUGGGCUCCUCGAACAUUGUCGCCGUCAAGGACGAUCGUCUUCAGCGGCAGUUCCACUCGCUGGAAAAUAUUGUCAACGACGUGCACGCGAACCGGUACCCGCGCACCCUUAAAUCGACCGCCACCGGGCUGACCGGUGAACAGUGCCGUGAAGUGUUGUCCACCGAGUUCCUAGAGAUUAUACAGAAGAAGAAAGAAUAG